UCCAAUACGUAGUCCGAUACGGGCUUUAGAGUUGGCCGCACUUGGCCGGUUAUAGGUUAAGAGUCUAAAUUCUCCUAAAACCUUAAUUUGUUUUAAUUAAAAUUGUAUAUUUUCAUCAAUACAUUAGUGCAAAUGUCAGGCAUCAUCAGAAAUAUUCUCCUGCUACGGAACAGAAGCACAUUGUUUAAAAAAUACAGCUUACCACAAGUCUCGCUUAUUAGAAACAAACAAGAUGCAACAAUCUCCAAGGAUAGAAGCACAGCGGAAACUGACGAUGAUGAAAACAUUGAUGAUAAACCAAUUAAAUAUUCCACGACAAAGGCUUACAAUAUGAGAGCUGACGAGUAUCGCGUAGGUGAAGAAGACGACACCCCAUGGUAUCAAGCGCCCAGUAUACUCGCUAGCAUAAGCGUCUUCCUAAUUUACUUUUGCAUCUUGAGAGAGGAAAAUGAUAUCGAUUUGAUGCUCGAAAAUGACUUAGAGACAACACUGGCCCGACUUCGAGAGGAAAAAUUGGCGGAACAACGUGCGUUAAAGUAGGAAAUUCUGUUUAUUUUAAGUGUUAAUUCGUUCUGUAAUAUUACGUUUCACAUUGCCUGAUAAGUAACGCAAUUGUUAAUUCAUUAUACAAGAGUGUAUAAUAAAAAACAAUAACAUCUACAUUUGUUAUCAUUUGGAUAAACAAAUGCUUGAUUCAUGGUAGUCUAAAAUAUAUUACCAUGCAUUACCUGUACAAAAUGUUAAAAAAAGAACUCGAUUUAUAGACAACGUAGUUUUAAUUGUACUGAGGGAAAUUAACAAAUAAACAUACUUUUCUCUCAUAA